UAGUUGUUUAAAUAUUAAUCCUUAUAAUAAGGUGUCGAAGUAGUGUAUAUAAAAUACAACACGUCUGUGCCAUGAUCUCCUAAAUUAUACUGUAAUUUAACGAAUAAACCUGGCUUUAAUAUUAGUAUUCAUGGUAUAGCGCUGGUGACUAUAGCACUGAAUAAAAAUUUAAUAUGGCUUUGUUUGGAGAUCGCUAUAUGUGGAGGCAGUAUGCAAUUCUCCUCACCGAUUUUGUGUGUUCGAUAAGUAGUGGCUUCCUCCUAGCAUUCCCUUCAGUUUUGAAUCCUGCUAUAUUAUCUCCGAAUAGCACUGACAUUAAAGCUACUUCUGCCCAGGCUUCAUCAAUCGCGGGAAGUCAAGGUCUCGCAGGGGCUGCUGGAUUAGUUCUUCUUCCAUUCUGUAUGAAUUCAAUCGGCAGGAAAUCUGUACAUAUAGUGAUAAACUUCGUAAUGGGAUUUGGAUUCUUGAUUUUCUCACUCGCUACCAACAUCUUAUACUUAUAUGCAGGCAGAAUUAUACAGGGGGUUAUACUUUCUGGAGUUUAUGUUACUAGUAUUAUGGUAGCUGAAUAUUCUGAUCCUACGAGACGUGGUUACUUUAUAACAAUAAAAAAAGGUUCAGUUGCGUUGGGAUCAUUGACUUGUCAUUUAAUGGGAAUAUAUUGUACUUGGAGACAAUGCGCCAUUUUUGCGAUAUUUCCCAAUCUUCUUGCUAUAAUUAUGACAUUGUACUGGCCGGAAAGUCCUUCAUAUUUAGCCAUGAAAGGUAGAUACAAAGAAUGUGAAAAAUCUCAUAAGUGGUUGUUCGGUGAGAAUUCAGAACAAAUGAAAAAUUUGGAAGACAUUAUAGCCGCUCAGAGAGAAAGAAGAUCACGGGAAAAAAAUAAAAAUCCUCUGAGGACAACAAUUACGAAAAUGUUUAAGAAAGAUUACGUCAUUCCCUUUGUUGUAGUUAGUUUGUUAACAAUAAUAAUUGAUUGUUCUGGAAGGUACUACAUGAAUGCCUAUAUUGGACAAAUUUUAACAGAAAUGAUUGAUAAAAAAUCUGUUGCAAAUUAUUUUGCUUUAGGAUCUGACACGCUUGGAAUCAUUGCUUUAAUAUGUUCUUGUUUCAUUAUCAAAAUGUUUGGAAGACGUCAGAAUUUGUUUGGAUUUGGAGCAGUUUGUGUGAUGUUAAUGUAUCUGAUAAGUAUUUUAACAUAUUUAAAAUCGAAUUAUCCCCAGAUUGUGUUUGGAUUGUUACCUCCAAUAGUUAUUCUAGUUAACGUGUUCAUUGUAAACGUAGGUAUUAUACCAACAUGUUUCACAAUUGUUGGUGAAAUUUUUCCAUUAGAGCACAAAAGUUCUGGGAUUUUCACAACGGGUAUAGUAUUUAACCUCUUUUAUGCAGCUGUUUUGAAAUUUACGCCACUAAUGAUAGAAUACGGUGGUAUUCAGGUUACAUUUGCAGUUUUCGCAACCAUAAAUCUCAUUUGUUUUUUAAUUUUAUAUUUUAUUCUGAUCGAAACAAAAGAUAAAACAUUACAAGAAAUUGAAAAUGAACUUAAAGGUAUUAAGAGUCCUUGUAGUAACGAACAAUUGUUGAUGGAACAUCAGAAAAACUAAAAUUUUAUGUGUGAUAUACGU